GAGAUGGCGCAUCCUAAAAAUUCCAGUGCUACUUGGACAAUGGCGUACAAGCGUGUUGCCCAAUCAAUGAAGGCUACAUAAUGUGCGGAAGCACAACGUGCGUUUGGGGGUUUUGCUGCGAGCAGCCUGGCAAGGCAUGCGCAGGGCUCAGCCAAUGCUGCCAAAAUGGCGGUUGUUGCGACCUGUACUCGGAGGAAUGCUGUGGUGAUGUCUGUUGCACGAAACCGAGUACGUGUUGUGGGGCUGUUUGCUGCCAGUCUGGCUACGUGUGUGAGGGGGAUAGUCGCUGCGUAGCCAGUGCCACAUCGCAGGCCGUAACAACAGUGAGGGAAACUGUUGUGGCUUCAGGCGAGGCGCUCCCAAUGCAUCCUCCAUGGCAAGGUUUUGUAGGCAUCAUGAGCCUGGCGAUAAUGGUCUUGGGAUACUAGUGCAUGUUCUCUUCAUGGUCAAGCAACCCGGUGUCACGUUUGUGAGCUGGGAGUCCUAGCUAUUCGCCACUUGGAUACCUGUCGUCCUCUCCCGAAAUG